UGAAAAAAAAAAAAAAAAUGUUAAGCAUGUCGCAUAUUCGGCCCAAUAGGUCGGCUGCCCAUCCAAUCCAAGCCAUCCUUUAUCUCAUAUGAAUUUCUUUGUUUCUUCUGAGUAUUUCUGCUUCUUCGAUUAUCUGAAUCUUCAAUAACAAUCGGCUUCAUCUUCCGCACCGGAUUCUCUAUUGGAGUUGGCUUUGUAUAUUUGUUGAAGAAGGGAUUGAAUUUCGUUUGGAGGAAACAGGAAGUACGAGCCUCAAAAUGGACAGCAUUGUAGAUUCUCUAAAUAGUGCAUACCAAGAGUUCGUUGUUGCAGCAGCUAAUGUGCUCGAAUCCAAGGAAACUUCUGGUGGUCAGAAAACAGCGGCCACAGAUGCUGCUCUUGAGAAUUUUAAGCAGAAGUGGGAACUUUUCAGAGUCACUUGUGAUCAAGCGGAGGAGUUUGUGGAGUCCGUGAAGCAAAGGAUUGGAUCAGAGUGCCUGGUGGAUGAGGCAACUGGCUUGGUGGCUGGGAAGACUGGGCAAACUGCAACUGGUCUGCCACCCAUUAGUGCGGUUCGGUUGGAACAGAUGAGUAAAGCAGUUCGGUGGCUUGUUAUAGAACUUCAACAUGGCUCUGGAACUGCUGCUGGUGCAGCACAUUCUCAUCCGUCAACUCCUUUUGAUAGUAGAUUCUCUGACGACUCAGCUCAAUAGGUAUGAAGGUGAUUUGAUUUCUUACUCUGUACUGAGAGAUGAUGAUACGAUUCAUUGGAUGCAUUUUUUCUGACUAAAAUAUCGACCAUCUCUUCCAAGUGAUUUUGAAUGUAGUUUUAGGGUUUGCUGCUUCCUUAUCCUUGUGCAGUUAGGUUGUACCGUGUUGCCUUUGCAAGAAACUUAGUACUUAAGUAAAGGUGGGGAAAACACAAGACUUGGUCGUUGAAAGUUAUGCGUCUCCGAUGGGCAUACAUUAUCUCACCUGUAUCAUCUGUAAACAUGUAGCAUGCAAUGAGUCUCUGAAGUAGGUGCCGCACCUCUUAUUUUGUUGGUGGCUGCUGUAGAUCUAUAUCUAUAUGUACACAACCUGAAAAGUGUUAUUGCUAAAUGAAUCUGUUGUAUAUUUGUAUUUCAAUUUCUUAAAUACAAGGAAUGAGUUCUCUUA